AUGGCUUUAUACUGUGCAAUAUCUAACGAGGUGCCAGAAGUGCCUGUAGUAUCUCCCUCUUCGGGAACAGUAUUUGAAAAGCGAAUAAUUGAAAAGUAUAUCAUAGAAAAUGGUGUCGAUCCUAUUAGCGGUAAAGAAUUACGAGUGGAAGACCUUAUCGAAAUAAAAACUCCAGCAAUAGUAAAACCCAAACCACCCAGUGCUACUUCCAUUCCAGCAACUCUAAAAAGUAUGCAAGAUGAAUGGGAUGCACUUAUGUUGCAUACAUUUACACAGAGGCAGCAGUUACAGACUGCGCGGCAGGAACUAAGUCAUGCUCUAUACCAGCAUGAUGCAGCUUGCCGUGUGAUAGCUCGUCUCACAAAGGAAGUAACAGCUGCCAGAGAGGCGCUUGCCACACUCAAGCCUCAAGCUGGAAUAGUGGCACCGCAGCCUGCUCAUGCGGUGGAGGCAGCGGCGUCGGGCGGCGGUGCGACGCCGGUGGGCAUGUCUGCGGAGGUGGUCUCGCGGCUGCAGGAGCGCGCCACGGCGCUGACGCAGGAGCGCAAGCGCCGCGGCCGCACCGUGCCCGAGGGGCUCGUGGCGCCCGACCAGAUACGCGCCUUCCUCACACUCGCCAGCCAUCCGGGUCUUCACUCAGCCAGUGUUCCUGGUAUCCUGGCCCUGGACAUCAACCCAUCGGACCACAGCCGCCUCCUCACCGGUGGUAAUGACCGGAAUGCGACCGUCUUCAACAAGGACACGGAGCAGGUGGUGGCCAUCCUCAAGGGUCACUCGAAGAAGGUCACCCGCGUUAUAUAUCAUCCAGAUGAAGACACUGUCAUCACAGCAUCUCCUGAUCACACUAUACGUGUUUGGAAUGUGCCUACUUCGCAGACGACGGUGGUGCUGCGAUCGCAUGAGGGCCCGGUGACGGGGCUGUCGCUGCACCCCACCGGCGACUACGUGCUGUCCACCUCCACCGAUCAGCACUGGGCCUUCUCUGACAUACGCACUGGCGUGCUGCUCACUAAGGUGAGCGAUGCGUCCGGCGUUAGUCUCACGACGGCACAGUUCCAUCCUGACGGCUUGAUCUUCGGCACGGGCACCGAGGACUCGCAAGUCAAGAUUUGGGAUCUCAAAGAGCAAAGCAACGUCGCCAACUUCCCAGGUCACGUGGGCCCUGUCACCUCCAUAUCCUUCUCUGAGAACGGUUACUAUCUCGCCACAGCAGCGGAGGACGCUUGUGUUAAAUUGUGGGAUUUGAGAAAGCUCAAGAACUUCAAAACAAUCCAGUUAGAUGAGGGCUAUGCCAUCAAAGAGCUGUGCUUCGACCAGAGUGGUACCUAUUUGGCUAUAGCCGGUACUGAUGUGAGGGUGUACUUGUGCAGACAGUGGCAGGAGCUGAAGGUGUUCAAUGAUCACACCGCCUCUGCCACUGGAGUCCGCUUCGGUAAGAAUGCCCAGUACCUGGCCUCCACUAGUAUGGAUCGUACACUUAAGUUAUAUGGCAUAGAG